CUGCAACCUCCAUCUGCAUCACCAAAUUUCGACGCCGCCCGACGACCGAGGUCCAAGUCUCACCUUCACAAUGGCUUCGCGACCUACCGUCUCCAUCAUCGGCAAAGAUGGUGCUCCUACGGGGGCUACACACGCCAUCCCCGCCGUCUUCACCAGCCCUAUCCGCCCGGACAUCGUCCAGGAGGUUCACAAGGGCAUGGCCAAGAACAAGCGCCAGCCGUACGCCGUGAGCGAGAAGGCCGGUCACCAGACCUCUGCUGAGUCCUGGGGAACUGGUCGCGCUGUCGCCCGUAUCCCCCGUGUCUCUGGUGGUGGUACUCACCGUGCCGGUCAGGCCGCCUUCGGUAACAUGUGCCGCUCCGGCCGCAUGUUCGCCCCUACCAAGAUCUGGCGCAAGUGGCACAUCAAGGUCAACCAGGGCCAGAAGCGCUACGCUACCUGCUCCGCCCUGGCUGCCUCCGCCGCCGCCCCUCUCCUGAUGGCCCGCGGCCACCAGGUCUCCAACAUCCCCGAGGUUCCCCUCGUCGUUGACUCCGCCCUCUUCGAGGCUGGCGCCAUGGGCCGCACCGCCGCUUCCCUCGGCCUCCUCAAGGCCGUCGGUGCUGGUGACGACCUCGCCAAGGUCAAGGGCUCCAAGAAGCUCCGCGCCGGCAAGGGCAAGCUCCGUGGCCGCCGCCACCGCCAGCGCCGCGGUCCCCUGGUCGUCUACGCCCCCGAGGCUGACGGCAAGGAGCUCGUCAAGGGCUUCCGCAACAUCCCCGGCGUCGAGACCUGCCCCGUCACCGCCCUGAACCUGCUCCAGCUCGCCCCCGGUGGCCACCUCGGCCGCUUCGUCAUCUGGACCUCGGCCGCCUUCAAGGCCCUCGACGACAUCUAUGGCUCCACCACCGAGGCCUCCGCCCACAAGCGCGACUUCCUGCUGCCGUCCAACGUCGUCUCCCAGGCCGACCUGACCCGCCUCAUCAACAGCUCCGAAAUCCAGAGCUCCCUCAACGCCCCCAAGGGCGAGGCCAUUACCCGCCGCGGCGCCGUCCAGAAGAAGAACCCUCUGCGCAACAAGCAGGUCAUGCUGCGCCUGAACCCCUACGCCUCCGUGUUCGCCAAGGAGUCGCAGAAGAAGCAGCAGCAGUAAAUUGGCCCCGCUGGGUGUGCAGCGUGGUUGAAAAGGAGUGUGUCGAGGGGACGCAGGGGAUGGCAUGGUACUUUCACGGUUUAGUUUCGAGGCGUAAUGGCUUCCUGACGGUCGAGCUCUGAAUGGGAAAAGAGAUUUGACGAUCAAGUUGCGUCUGUGUUUGUGUGCAUGCGUGCCGGCUCUCUUGAUGAAAAUAACUGAAAUUCGUGAACGAAAGUACAGUUCGGCUUGUAGCACAGCAAUCCGAGGUUUUAAAAAAACGAUGGAAAUGCCCGCUCAUUGCCGCCGCCCAUUCAAGCCAUAAUGUUCUCGUACACAAUCCCAUCGACCCUUAUUACAUGUCCAAGCCUCUCUCACACUGGGG